AAUACUGUCAUAAUCAGUAAAUCUGUGCUCAUAACGCAAAAUCGGCUGAAAUCGGUGGAAUACUACACUGGCUGACACUGGUUAUUUUUGUAUGUGAUUUAAUUUGUUUUAAUUUAUCUAUAAUUUCACUAUUGGUUUGUAUAUUUACAUUUUUUUAUUCAUGAAUCUAUCCAGUUUUUAUACAAUUCAAUUAAUGUUAUUUUACUUGGGGAGGGAUUUCAAUAGGAUCAAUAGAAAGUUCUAAUCUGCAGUUGUGGGAAUCCCAUAGCAGCCAUAGCUCGGAAUUUAAUUUUAUUUUAGUCUGUUUAAAAUUUAAAGUAGUUUUAAGUCUGUCUUAAAGAGAGUUGGAAUUAUAUAAUAACCGAGUACAUACAUAAUGUGUGAAAAAUAUCAUCAGUUUUUUAUUACUUAUCAAGAUUCAACAGCUCUUCUUUCACUAUCAGAGUAUGAUACUCUUGGUGAUUUAAAACAUGAAAUUCAAGAUAAAUUUAAUAUCCCAGUAAAACUUCAGAAAAUAAGUGGACAAUAUAUACCUGAGAAUGAUAAACAAAUUUUACAAAGUUGUGAUGAAUUUGUUUCUUUGCUUGUUGAAGAUGAUGUAUUAGGUGCCCAAACUGAAGCUGUAAAACUUUUAAAGUAUCAAUUACCUUCUAACAUACUCGUGAUAUUACAGGAAACAGUGCUUGAACAUGCAGUGUCUCUUAUUUCAUUGAAACCUUGUUGUAACGGAAUAAACGGAUUACUUCUUUAUCUUCAUAAUGCAACAGAUGAAUUUUCAUCAAAUUUUAUCCAACUGUUAACAAAUAAUAAUGAUGUUGCUGAUAUUAUUAACAAUAAUUUUCAUUUUAUUGGUUGGGAUAUUAGUAAUAUUUCAUAUAACAGAGGUUUGCUGAGAGCCCUAGAUAAUUACGAAUCUUUAUCCAUGAUAAAGAAUCUUAUUUCUGGAAGAACUGCAGCGGCUGUAUGUAUAUUUCAACAGAAUAAUCAAUUGAAUGUGUUUACAUGCCUAAAAGGAUCUCAGGAUAUAUUACAAAGUCUCAAGAUGAUACACCGGCAUAUUAAACAACAAAGAGAUACUUCAGAAAUCGAAGCAACAAAAAGCUUGCAAAGAAAAUUACCCCAAAUUUCUCACAUUUUCCAUCAUAUUGAAUUAAUGGAGGCCAUUAAUUUUAUAUGUACUGCACCAUUAAAUGAGAGGAAAGUGUUGCUGCUCUAUCUUCACAAUUCGGCGGACGACUUCAGCCAGCUAUUUUUUCAAAAUUUAAUGACGUCUAAAAAACUGAUAGAGUUAUUGAACCGAAACUUUUUGAUUUUGGGAUGGGACGUCGAAGAGGAUGCUUAUCACAAAGCUUUAACUGACGCUCUUAGCUCUAACGUUAACUUAUCCGACAUUACACAAUACAUAGCUGCGAAAAAAGCUGCCGCCGUAGCUGUGCUUCCUUUAGCUAACAACGUGAGCGUCUUUAUGGUCUGUCGAGGAAAAAUGAAAAUAGAAGAACUAAUAUCGGCGUUAGAAAAGGCCGAAAGUGCCUUCGUUGCCGAAAUGGAAAACGAACGAGAAUUGGCAGAUUUAAAGGAUAAAACGAAUCAAGAAAACGAUAUGAGUGGAGAUAAAUUGCAGGCUCUAUUUGCGGACAUGCUGGGAGAUCGCGACUACGAUCGCUUCGAACAUAAUCAGCAUCAGUUUUUGAAAAGUAAAAUCGGAUUUGCUUUGGACGGUCCCCCUAAGGAAGAAAAAGGAUACCCUAAAACAACGGAGAAGCUUAUUGAUAAAAUAUAUAAUGCUAUAAAAGAGACGAGCGAAAAAAUAGCCGAAUAUAAGGAUGUUAUUGAAAUCGCUGUUAUCUACAACUGUACUGAGCCCCUUCCAAAAGAAAAAUUAGGACUCAGUAAGAAGUAUCCCGACUAUAAUCCCGAAACAGAUAUUCGACCAGUUCCUAUAUUUAUUUUGAGGAAAUGUAGAGGUAGCGAAAAUCCUUGCAGGAUAUUUAUAGAUGAUACUGGUCGAGUAUAUCAAACUUGGGAGCAAUAUUUAAAGAAAAAUAAAUUGCCAGAACGCAAGAUGACUUUACCUCUCAAUGGACGGUAUGAACUUAACCUAUCUAUGAGUUUUGCCAAUUCAGAAGCUCGAGGAGCGUAUUUAAAUAUUCUGGCUGGCUCGCUUGGAUUUGCAGGGGCGGGCGCAAACUUGGCAGUGGCGCAGCUUGCUACCAGAGGAUUUAAUAUAGGACGGGGAGCCAUAUACGCCUGCAACACUGUCGGAUUCCUCAACAUUACCGCCAGCGGGGUCAGUCUAGUUAACUCAGGCUACGACGUCUUCGAUCAAUGGUACAACGAGCAACAAACACCGUCAGCUUUAACAAUCAUUCAGCUUAGUUCUUCCGUUCUGUUCUUCGGGCAUGCAGUGUACAAUUUUAAGCCGGCCGGGACCAUAAUAGAGGAGAGCCAAGCGAAAGUCCUACGCGAUUAUCAAGAUUCGCUGAGAAGUAACAGGCACAGGAAAACCUUCAGUAAAUUAAUGAAAGAAACAUUCAGGAGUCAAGGUGAAGGGGUAAAAGGCAAAGCUGAAGUAAUUUCAGCCAUUCGAAACAUACCAAACAAAGACGAAGUUUUUGCGGCAUUAACCAGAAACAAUAAGGCUAUGAAUAAGAACGGGAUACGUUUUUCCGCUGACCAAGGCGAAAUUAAAUUAAACGGCCUCAAAGUGGAUAUAAACGAAUUUGUUGGAAUGAAUAAAGAAAAAGUGAAUGUGUUUUUGAAGAGUGUUAGCGGGCAAAAUCCCACUCCCAUGCCCUCGGCUAAUUCUACUGGCGCAUCUACGUCCAACACCACCCUAUUGAACGCAGUUGAUAGCGUAAUGUCCACCUUAAACAUAGAUCGAUCUAAUGUGACCCCAUUGAAGAUUGUUCUAUUUAUGACAGAUCUUUUAAAAUUCUGCAGUGAAGAUACUAGAGGAUUGUUCGUGGAAGCCGUUUCGCAGACUAUACGUGAUUUAUUGAGUAGAGUGUCUGGACCACUCCUACAGGAACUCGACAACGUGUUACCAAGCAGGGAGUCGUUAUUUGUAGAACUGGCACAGAUGCUUAUUGGUUUUUUUAAAGACAAAGCUGACGAUUUAGAAAAAAAUUAUCAAGAGUACAAAAUGACCGGCAACAAGCAGUAUUUUAACAGUUUAUUCGAAACGAUCAAUCCGUCAACAGUAAAACGCACUGUGAUAUUUUUCGAGUAUGCCAUUAAUUUUAGCUUUGAAGGUAGGCUACUUAAGUAUACGGUCUUGAAAAACAUUUCAGAUUACAUCGCGGCGGGUCUUGCGAAACUUAUUUUCGAUGGCACACAGAAGAUAGAACAGGAAAAGGAACGAAGCAGGCAUUCAGCCGGUUACAGGCCGAAAAAGGAAAUUUGUUCUAUUUGCAACGGGUAUUAUUUUACUAACAAAGUUUAAAAUGUUAACCCGUCCUUUUUUCCUUUAUUAUAUUCAUAAUUGGAUUAUUAAAUUUAAACAUUUAUAUUUUCUACAAGUUUUCUAUAUGGAUCAUUUAGAGGUCUAUUCAAAUAUGUCUGUCAACGUCGUCUCAAUUGCGUUCCAUCAAUGUGUUGCCUUUAAUUCCAAUAGACACAUGUUCAAAUACAUCCGGCUGCGUGACCAAUUUUAUCGUCGGCUUUUCAUUGUCUGUUCAAAUAUUUUUGACGAAUGUAAGUGGACAAAACACCAAUCCCAUGCCUUUCUGCUAAUCCUAGUGGCGCAUUCUCGUCUAACACAACCCUAUCGAACGCAGUUUAUAGCGGCAUGUCCACCUUAAACAUCGAUCGGUCUGUCUUGACAAAUAUAGCCCUUCUUCAAUGAGUAUCUUGUUUUAAGUGGGGUUCUAGUUCUAUAUUAUUAAGGAGUAUAUAAAAAACAAACUUGAGGCAUUCUAAAAUACUCAUAGAAUUUGGUUCAUUAUCGAUUAAUUCCUAGGGUGCCCGGUAGCGUAGUGGUACACUUCUCGUCUACCAAUCUAAGGCUUGUGGGUUCGAAUCCUACAGCCGACUAUUUUUAAUAAAAUAAAAAUAGUUUAGGUACCUAGGUUGACUCAGACUUAAAUGAGUAUUUGGGAUUCACAAUCCUGAGGUAAUAAUACGCGGUUGAAGCGUAGUGCUAGCCACAUUACCACAGAUUAUAAACUU